AGGAAGAGCCCGGUGCUGGCAGUUGGCUUCGUGGUCUUUUUUGGAGGGCGAAGGAAGGGAAGGGAUCUCGCUUGAGCCGUGCAGGGAGAGAGCUCGGACAUGUGUUGUCAGCACAUCUGGGGAAUACAGUCUGCAAGUCCGAAAGGAAAUUUGCUGGGAUCGUUCAAACUGCGAUAUUGAUCUUUGUUAUUUUUUUUCGCCGAGGGAUGCACUUGGCAUGAGAAUCGGAGGAUGGAAAUUGUUUGGGAGGUGCUUUUUCUUCUGCAAGCGAAUUUCAUCGUCUGCAUUUCAGCUCAACAAAAUUCUCCAAAAAUACAUGAAGGCUGGUGGGCUUAUAAGGAGGUGGUCCAGGGAAGCUUUGUUCCAGUUCCCUCCUUUUGGGGUUUGGUGAACUCAGCUUGGAAUCUUUGCUCUGUUGGGAAAAGACAGUCACCUGUCAAUAUUGAAACCAGCCAUAUGAUUUUUGACCCCUUCUUAACUCCACUUCGCAUAAACACAGGGGGAAGAAAGGUCAGUGGGACGAUGUAUAAUACAGGAAGACAUGUAUCUCUACGAUUAGACAAAGAGCACUUGGUCAACAUCUCUGGAGGACCGAUGACAUACAGUCACCGCUUAGAGGAAAUCCGGUUACACUUUGGAAGUGAAGACAGCCAGGGAUCAGAGCACCUACUCAAUGGACAGGCUUUCUCCGGGGAGGUUCAACUAAUCCACUAUAACCAUGAGCUGUACACAAAUAUCACAGAAGCAGCAAAGAGUCCUAAUGGGUUGGUGGUAGUCUCCAUAUUUAUGAAAGUAUCUGAAUCAUCAAAUCCAUUUCUAAAUCGUAUGCUUAACAGAGACACCAUAACGAGAAUAACGUAUAAAAAUGAUGCAUACUUACUACAGGGGCUUAAUAUUGAGGAACUUUAUCCAGAGACGUCUAGUUUCAUUACAUAUGAUGGGUCAAUGACAAUUCCACCCUGCUAUGAAACAGCAAGCUGGAUAAUAAUGAACAAACCUGUCUACAUAACAAGGAUGCAGAUGCAUUCUUUACGACUGCUAAGCCAGAAUCAGCCAUCACAGAUAUUUCUGAGCAUGAGCGACAAUUUCAGACCAGUCCAGCCUCUCAACAAUCGAUGUAUCCGAACUAAUAUCAACUUUAGUUUACAGGGAAAAGAUUGUCCAAACAAUAGAGCACAGAAACUACAGUAUAGAGUAAACGAAUGGCUCCUCAAGUAAGUAAGACAGAGCAGGCAGAACCCAUAACCUCAGUGGAAUGCUACUACUGUGACUUGACAUAAUCUAGAAUGCAGCCAACCUCACUCUCUUUGGGUUCGCGACAGCAUGUGCAAAUGUGCUGUAGGAAGAAAGCUGCCAUGUUGGAAACUCAACUAAAAAUUCAUUCGUAUGAUCGGUGGUAAUUAAAAAAGUAAAAAGACAAUAUUACAGUAAAUGUGAUUACAAUUUUGAUACAGUUUUCCUGAACUAAUUUAGCUUCACAAA